AUGGUGUGUACAGAGGGGCGUUACUUUACAGGAAAACCCAGUGCUCCCCCACCAGGCAGACCCCAGUGCUCCCCCACCAGGCAGAACCCAGUGCUCCCCCACCAGGCAGAACCCAGUACUCCCCCACCAGGCAGAACCCAGUGCUCCCCACCAGGCAGAACCCAGUGCUCCCCACCAGGCAGAACCCAGUGCUUCCCCACCAGACAGAACCCAGUGCUCCACCACCAGGCAGAACCCAGUGCUUCCCCACCAGGCAGAACCCAGUGCUUCCCCACCAGACAGAACCCAGUGCUCCCCCACCAGGCAGAACCCAGUGCUCCCCACCAGGCAGAACCCAGUGCUUCCCCACCAGGCAGAACCCAGUGCUCCCCACCAGGCAGAACCCAGUGCUCCCCACCAGGCAGAACCCAGUGCUCCCCCACCAGGCAGAACCCAGUGCUCCCCACCAGGCAGAACCCAGUGCUCCCCCACCAGGCAGAACCCAGUGCUCCCCCACCAGGCAGAACCCAGUGCUUCCCCACCAGGCAGAACCCAGUGCUCCCCCACCAGGCAGAACCCAGUGCUCCCCCCCACCAGGCAGAACCCAGUGCUCCCCACCAGGCAGAACCCAGUGCUCCCCACCAGGCAGAACCCAGUGCUCCCCACCAGGCAGAACCCAGUGCUCCCCACCAGACAGAACCCAGUGCUCCCCACCAGGCAGAACCCAGUGCUCCCCACCAGGCAGAACCCAGUGCUCCCCACCAGGCAGAACCCAGUGCUCCCCACCAGGCAGAACCCAGUGCUCCCCCACCAGGCAGAACCCAGUGCUCCCCCACCAGGCAGAACCCAGUGCUCCCCCACCAGGCAGAACCCAGUGCUCCCCCACCAGGCAGAACCCAGUGCUCCCCACCAGACAGAACCCAGUGCUCCCCACCAGGCAGAACCCAGUGCUCCCCACCAGGCAGAACCCAGUGCUCCCCUCCCCAGUGCUCCCCACCAGGCAGAACCCAGUGCUCCCCACCAGGCAGAACCCAGUGCUCCCCACCAGGCAGAACCCAGUGCUCCCCACCAGGCAGAACCCAGUGCUCCCCACCAGGCAGAACCCAGUGCUCCCCCCCACCAGGCAGAACCCAGUGCUCCCCACCAGGCAGAACCCAGUGCUCCCCACCAGGCAGAACCCAGUGCUCCCCACCAGGCAGAACCCAGUGCUCCCCACCAGGCAGAACCCAGUGCUCCCCACCAGGCAGAACCCAGUGCUUCCCCACCAGGCAGAACCCAGUGCUCCCCCACCAGGCAGAACCCAGUGCUCCCCCACCAGGCAGAACCCAGUGCUCCCCACCAGGCAGAACCCAGUGCUCCCCACCAGGCAGAACCCAGUGCUCCCCCACCAGGCAGAACCCAGUGCUCCCCACCAGGCAGAACCCAGUGCUCCCCACCAGGCAGAACCCAGUGCUCCCCACCAGGCAGAACCCAGUGCUUCCCCACCAGGCAGAACCCAGUGCUCCCCACCAGGCAGAACCCAGUGCUCCCCACCAGGCAGAACCCAGUGCUCCCCCACCAGGCAGAACCCAGUGCUCCCCCACCAGGCAGAACCCAGUGCUCCCCCACCAGGCAGAACCCAGUGCUCCCCACCAGGCAGAACCCAGUGCUCCCCACCAGGCAGAACCCAGUGCUAGUGAUUCAGACCCCAUCAACCAGAAGACAGAAUCACUCAAGUAG